AAUGUACUAUCUAGAAACCUGCGUGGAUUUUCGAUAUCUUAGAGGUAGAGCCUAGUUAGGAGUUGAUUCCGACUCAUAGUGACCCUAUAGGACAGAGCGGAGCCGCCCUAUACGGUUUCCGAAGCUGUAAUCUUUAGGGAGCAGAUUGCCUCGUCUUUAUCCCGCAGAGCCGCUGGUGGGUUCUAAUAGCCCACUUUUCGGUUAGCAGCUGAGCUCAGAACCAUUGCGGCCACCGGGGCUCCAAGUUAGGGUAGACUUCGGUUGUUGUUGGAGUGUAGGGAAAGGAGCGGAAGAGGAGGCCUUGCAGAGAACUGGCCUGUCGCAGGGGUGCAUGGGGCGGGGGUCCUGACUCCUGGGGUUACUGGCUGUGCCACCUGGCGCUCUUCAGUGCCCAGGAAAAGGUGCUGCGGUGGAACUGACAUGAAGGGUAGAUGAGAACCUAAGAGGGAAUAGUUUGCAGGUUGGGAAAAAAAAAAACCUUAAUGUUAGUAAACAGUAGCAGUCACAGUGUUUACUCUGGGCCGGUCAUUGUUCACGGCACAAUACCUUUUGAAUUUUCGUGACAAUCAUAUCAGCUGGGCACUAUUAUUUACAUUUCUUUUUUUCAGACGGGAAAACUGUAAAGGUAAUUUGCCCGUGGUUGACAUCUGUGCCUUUGGGGUUCAGUCUGGCUUCAGAGUCAGUGCUCUUAACCACCAUGCUGUGCUGCCUCUCAUUGUCGUUAACUGCGGCUUGAAGCCAAGUAGCCUCGCAGUAUCCUAAUCUAUGCAAUGGGAAUGUUCUACCAUGUUUCCACGGUCUCUUUCAAAUAUAACAGUAAAUAACUCAAAAUCAGCGUGGUGGCCUACUGGGACUUCACUUUACCUCUUGCUAGACUUAGAAGAAUCUAGCGAGUGGAUGUGGUAACAGAAUCAUUAGAUCUUCCAAGUCCUCAGGCUCGCGUUGUUUUUCCAGGCUUUGCACAUAAGUAUCCAUAUCCUAAUGAAAUACUUUCUGCUGUAAAAAUGUUGGAAAAAAGUUUUUUUCUUGAAAUCAUUGGGUUCUGAAUGUUUCAUUACAUUUACAAUUGGCUGUGCUUUCUUGUUAAGGAGCCCUGGCGGAGCAGUGGUUAAGUGCUUGGCUGCAGCCUAAAGAUGGGUGAUUCAGACCCACCAGCUGGGUCUGCAAGAGGAAGAUGUGGCAGCCUACUUCCCUAAAGAUUGUUGUAGUUAGGUGCCAUUGAGUCAUUCUGGCUCAUAGUGACCCUAUAGGACAGAGUAGAACUGCCCCAUAGGGUUACCUGUAGGGCAGAGUAGACCUGGGUUUCCAAGGAGCAGCUGGUGGAUUUGAACUGCCAGCCUUUUAGUUAGCAGCCAUAGUAGCAGAGAUCUUAACCACUGUACCACCAGGGCGUCUCCCUAGAGAUUACAGCCUUGGAAACCUUAUGGGGCAGUUUUACCAUUUUCCUAUAAAGUUGAUAUAAGUCAGAAUUCACUAGAGGGCAGUGUGUUUUUUUAAUAUCAAUCGUGCAUACCAGAAGAUGUUUUUCUUCCAAAACCAAAAAUUUUUAUAGAUAUUAAAUUUAAGAACAGAGUUGACAGUGUUAUUUUUGUGGUUAUUUGGUUAAUCAUUUACUGAUUUUAAUUUGUCACCUUUCAUAUUUUAGAGCCAGCAAAUUUUUCCCAGCUCCACAAUUUCCUUUUUUAGUCCUCUACCUUUCCUUUUUUUGCCAACCUUUCCAAUUUUUGUUGGCUGUAGAUGUCUAGAAGGCUUACAGGCUGUGUAGGCAACGUACCUACACCGUUAGCUCUCCCACCUCUUGAGUGUGGCUUUUGUGCUGUAGGUGUUAAUGGUUCAGGAGCAGAAGCUCCUGCCUUUUCCUGGCCAUGACCCUGCCCAUUCAGAAGAGUGACCCACUAAUGCAUCCCAUGAUACUGGCUGCUGAUAAAGCAAUUGAUUUUUUAAAAAAUAUUAUUAUUAUUUUGGUAAAGCACUUUUGCCAGUAUGUACCACCCUAACUCCAAAUUGGAAACCCUGGUGGCGUAGCAGUUAAGAGUUACAGCUGCUAAACAAAAGGUCGGCAGUUGGAAUCCACCAGGCUUUCCUUGGAAAUCCUAUGGGGCAGUUCUCCUCUGCCCUGUAGGGUCACUAUGAGUCAGAAUCGACUCGAUGGCAACUGGUUUGGUUUUGGUUUUGGUUUAACUCCAAAUUAAGGAGCCUGGCGGUACAGUAGUUAAGCACGCUUGGCUGCUAACUGAAAGAUUUCAGUUCAGACCUACCAGCCGCUAUGAUGGAGAAUGAUGUGGCAGUCUACUUCUGUAAAGAUUUCAGCUUUGGAAACACUACGGGGCAGUUUUACUUUGUCCUAUAGCGUCGCUAUGAGUCGGAAUUGACUCCAUGACAGUAGGUUUGUUUUUUUGGUUUUAACUCCAAAUUCUGCAAGGAAGGAGGAGACUGCCAUUCUAUGAGAAAACAAGCUCAGAGAAGUUAAAUGACGUGCCCAAGAUACCAUGUGCUGAUACUCAGCUUUUCCUGAUUUCUGUAUGUUGUCAUCUGGCAUACGUCUGGUCACCAGGAAGGUGCAGCUCAUCCAUUCCCUGAACUGCACUUCUUCCCGUUCCUUCAUGGAUUUGAAAACUCUCAUUUCCUCCUUGGAUGACUUUGCAUCCCUCUCAUUUGCUGAGAGUUGGGACAAUGUUGGAUUACUGGUAGAGCCAAGCCCACCACAUACUGUAAACACACUCUUCCUGACCAAUGACUUGACUGAGGAAGUGAUGGAGGAGGCACUGCAAAAGAAGGCGGAUCUCAUUCUCUCCUACCACCCACCUAUUUUCCGGCCCUUGAAGCAUAUAACCUGGAAAACCUGGAAGGAGCGCCUGGUGAUCCGGGCUCUGGAGAAUAGAGUCGGUAUCUAUUCUCCUCACACAGCCUAUGAUGCUGCUCCCCAGGGAGUCAACAGCUGGUUGGCUAAAGGACUUGGAGCUUGUACCUCCCGCCCCAUACAUCCUUCCAAAGCUCCCAACUACCCCACAGAGGGAACACAUCGAGUGGAAUUCGGUGUUAACCACACCGAAGACCUGGAUAAAGUCAUGUCUGCAGUGAAAGGAAUUACAGAUGUUUCUGUCACUUCUGUUUUUGCUAGGUCUGAUGAUGAAGAACAAACACGGAUCAGUCUGAAUUGUACUCAGAAGGCUCUGCUGCAGGUGGUGGCUUUUCUCUCCCAAAACAGACAACUUUAUCAGAAGACUGAAAUUCUGUCACUAGAGAAGCCUCUGCUUCUACAUACUGGAAUGGGACGGCUAUGUACACUGGAUGAAUCUGUCUCCUUGGCAACCAUGGUUGAACGAAUCAAGAGACACCUAAAACUAUCUCAUGUUCGCCUUAGUCUUGGGGUAGGGAGGACCCUAGAGUCCCAAGUCAGAGUUGUGGCCCUGUGUGCUGGUUCUGGGAGCAGUGUUCUGCAGGGUGCAGAGGCCGACCUUUAUCUCACAGGUGAGAUGUCCCAUCAUGAUGUUCUGGACGCUGCUUCCCAAGGAAUAAAUGUCAUCCUUUGUGAGCACAGCAACACUGAACGAGGCUUUCUUUCUGACCUUCGAGAUAUGCUGGGUGUUCACUUGGAGAAUAAGAUUAAUAUUAUCCUGUCAGAGACAGACAAGGACCCUCUACAUGUGGUAUAAUGCAUACAGGGACAACAGGUUCACACGAGCUACAGACUGACUCCCGAAACUGUGUAGCAUGACCCAGUGGAGUUGGUUAUCUUUCCAGAGUGUCUUAGAGUCUGCAUUUUUUUUUUUCUGGCGUGUUAAUCUCAUUCACCAAAUGUUCUGUAGCUCAUAAAGUGAAACCUAUAAUGUAACUAUUACAUUAAAGAACAAAUAUGCAUGGUAAACUCUAGGAAAGAGUGCCUAAAAUCUGUUUAACAUUCUUAGAAAAUAGCUCAAGUGAUACUCUCCUUACUUAAUUACAGGUAGGAUAUGUCAAUCUAGCUAUCUCUACCUUGGGUUAGUUUAAAAAUAAAAAUAAAUCUAGCUAUCUCUACCUUGGGUUAGUUUAAAAAUAUACCCUAACAAUUGAGAUCCAAACAUUUAUUGCUAGAUAGUAGCCUCUUUGGGGUGGUAAGGUCUAUUUAUGUGUUCCUAUUGCUAUAUCACAAAUCUCCCCAAAUUUCAGAAUCAGGAUGAGCUUUAUUGGUAUUUAAAUUAUGUAUAUACAUUACACAUAUAUGCACACACAGCAAGAUCAACUUUGGCAUGACAGUAUGAGGUGCUUUGUUGACCCACUCCCCAGUGAAACUGGUUAAAAUUAUAAAAAAAAAAAAAAAAACCCAAA